AUGAGCUCCCAAUACAACGAACAGCAGAUAGCAUGCCCGAUUUGUAACCGCAAAUUGCCUUAUUUGAAGAUCAAUGAGCAUUUGGACACCUGUGUGGGCGAUAGUAAGAGCUCCAACGAUCAAAAUCAGCCUACAUUAAGCAAGGUUUUGAGAACGAAACGAAAGAAAGCAGAUCCACCAGUUUCACCUUCAACGCCACGCACCAAGAGCCAAGAUGAGUCCAAAUCUGUCGAUCUCACGAACGAAUCACCAACUAAGACACCAACUGCUACAACUGAUCAACAAGAGCUACGACAAUUGCAGAAAAUCGCCCAUUUACCGUUAAGCGAAAAGCUUCGACCCAAGGAUCUGAGAGAAUACGUUGGACAGCAGCAUAUCUUGUCAACUGAGAAGGGCGUUUUGUUUAAAUAUAUCAAGCAAGGAAUAAUACCGUCUAUGAUACUAUGGGGUCCUCCAGGCGUCGGCAAAACAACGCUUGCCAGGUUAUUAACGAAGGCCGUGAACCAAGAACAUGCCGGUAGCGUUACCUAUACGCUGGUACAAACGAGUGCUACGAAAGCAACUGCUCAGGAAUUGCGUAAGAUCUUCGAUAAUUCCAAAAAAGAGUUUGCAUUGACCAAAAGACUGACCGUGCUUUUCAUUGACGAGAUCCAUCGUUUCAACAAAGCGCAACAGGAUCUGUUGUUACCACACGUUGAAGCGGCAGAUUUUAUAUUGAUUGGAGCCACGACGGAAAAUCCGAGUUUCCAAUUGAACAAUGCGUUGAUAAGUCGUUGCCAAAUGUUUGUUCUUGCCAAAUUGAAGAUGGACGAGAUGUGUCGGGUUCUGAUGCGCGGUAUCGCCAUGUUGAACAAGCUAAGAACGUUUGUAUGGAAGGUGGAUUCGCCGAUUAGAGUGACUAAAGAUGCCUUGGAAUUCAUAGUCGAUAUUGCCGUAGGAGAUACAAGACGAGCGUUGAAUCUGCUGGAAAUGAUUGAAGUAUCGACUCGAGCUGUCACAAAAGAAUUGGCCCAAGAUGAUGUACGUCAAAUUAUCAAUGCAAACGCUACGGAGUUGCGUACUUAUUACGAUCGACAAGGUGACAACCACUACGAUGCGAUCUCUGCAUUCCAUAAAUCUAUUCGCGGAAGUGACGAAAACGCUGCGUUGUACUACUUGGCGCGCAUGUUACAAGGCGGUGAAGAUCCACUUUACAUUGCACGUCGAAUGAUUCGAAUUGCGUCAGAAGACGUUGGCGUGCAAGACAACUCGUUGCUACCGCUGGCGGUGUCUGCCCACGACGCAGUAAUGAAAGUCGGCUUACCGGAGGCCGACUUGGCGCUGGCACAAGUCUGUGUGGCACUCGCACGCGCACCCAAGUCCGUCAAGCUCUACAGAGCGUGGAAAUCCGUGAAUGCCUUACUCCGUGAAAACAAACAUUCGUUUGCGAGCAGCGAGAUCCCUGUUCACUUGCGUAACGCGCCCACGAAAUUGAUGGCAGAGCUGGGUUAUGCGAGGGACUACAAAUACAAUCCAGACUACGAGGAUGGUCAUGUGAACCAGGAAUACUUCCCAGAUACCAUCUUAGAAAAAUGCGAUGCGUCCGAGUUGAGGUUCAUGGAUUGUCAGCACUUGGGAACGAAACGGGACUUACACGAGGAGGAGACAGGGCAGAAAAUGGGUGAAAAGAGACAAAGAACCGCUUGA